ACUCCAUCUGCGGAUGAAGCUCCAGAACAGCUACUAAAUGGACCUUGAGGUUACUGACAACACCAGCAAGUGUGAGGCAUUAGUGAAUAUUUGACUACCACUGAGGAGAGCAACUUUACACAAACAGUGAACGCUGUUAUUUCCUCCUGGGACAAAGACACUGAAAUCAGUAACUGCAGCACAGUAAGAAGGACAGAGACAAAGAUGAGGUCCAGUUUUUCCUAUGCCACCUCUGCUACAUUAGAGCAUGAGCCGCUGUGGGUCCUGAAUGACCAUAGGAUACAAGAGGGCUGUCCACAGUCAGUUAGUGAUCCACCCACCUAUUGUAUCAGAGCUGCAGGAGUUCUGAGGUACAAUCGGGAGUCUGACAACCACAGGAUAAACUUAACAGCCAUUCUUCCAGAGCCUCCAUCUCUGACCGAAUAUGCAUUGAAAUGUGAGUACUGCGGGGAAAAGGCCAGACCAUCACUCGAUCUAACAUGGCUACAGGAGCCCGAGACGGCUCCCCUCUUCUGUUGCGCCCAGCGGCAGCAGCUGUGUGAGAUUCUGGUGAAGCAGAGAUGUUUGUUUGAGGGGAGACGUGACCUGAAAACCGGUACUCCAACAUCACUGGAAGACAAGCCAGCCGCAGUGGUGGAGGAGCUGCUCCUCCAAGGAAGGGAGAUGGACGACCCCAACAAGUUUAUCAUGGAUUUACCAAGUGUACUUGCGACACAGUCAGAACUGGGAAUCCAUGAGGAUUGCCCAGUCCAACUACCUGUGAAAGAAACCUUCGCCUCAACGUCAAAGGUCCUCAGCUUCCGGCUCUCUGGUGCUCCAGGAAAAGGAUGCUGGACAGCGUAUCCUAGUAGCGCAACUGAGAAGUGCUUGAAAACAGAAGGGGAAGAGGCGCAGGUGUUGGUCCCUUUUUGCGACCACAAGCCACUUCAGUUUGGCAUAUGUCAUCAUCAGGAUGGAGGUGAAUUUCUACACAAAUAUUAUUCCAAUGGCAUGAAAUUUCUUACCUUGUUCCCUGAUGGCUCUGCUCAGGCCUUUUAUCCCUCGGGCAUCUUGGCUCUUGUUGUUGUGGUCACUGAAGAAAAUGGAAGGGUCUGCAUCGUGUAUGACGACAGCUAUGCCCCCAAUCAGUCGAUUAGAGCCGUGUUCCAGUCUGACGGCAGGGCGACAUGUUAUCACAGCAAUGGAAACAUAUGGCUGUCCUUAAACAGAUCAGGAGGUCAGUGUUUGGAUGAGGGAGGUGCCAGAGUUCGUCGGUGGAGCUGGAGCAGUCUGAGUCUCACUCCCACUCCCCUGCACCCUGUCUUCCUGUCCCUCAACAAAACUGUUGGGGUCCGAGUCUUUGGGAAGGAACAAGUGUUUGUCUCCUUCCUGGCACAAGGGCAACAAGCAAAGUUCAGUGUGGGUACCUGCUGUGCUCAGGGUAAAUCUAACACAGAUGGGCCUGCUUCAGGACCAUCAGUAACAAAGGAGGAGCUGUUAGUGUUGGCAGCCAGGAUUAGAAUCCACGUGGUCAUUCAGUAUCUUCACCAGAACCCGGUGACACCCUCCCAUUCCCAGCUGCCCAAGACCAAAAAAGCCCCUCACCUCCAUGUUGUUGCUCAAAGGCUUCUGGAAGUCAGUGCUCAUGUGAUGAUGAGUGACAGUGAAAGAGCCUUUAUCCAUGAGUGUCUGGAGAAUUAUCUUUGAUGUCCCCUUGAAAAAGUUCACUGUGACACAAUGGCAGCAGCUCUGCUAUCAUAAUGAAGUCACAGAGGAAUAACGGCACUUAAGUCAUACUCCACAAACUGAGGUUCAAAAAAACUUUAAUUUGCAGUUUCAAAGUAACUAUAGGGGAUCUGAACAAAAAAAAUAUAUUAGUACUUGUGUUAACAUGUUUCCUAUGGUCUUGAGUCCCUCUAUACAACUUAAUAGCUCUUAAUGGUAUUUCAGAAGAUACUAUAGAAUAGAUUUCACAUAAGAGUACGUUGUGUCCUGAGCGGAUAAAGAAAAUAUAAAAACCCUUAACUCUUCAUAGCCACAUGUGAAAGUGCAAAAGUUGCAAAGGUUAAAAUUUUCCCAUCAAAUGUCUCCAUUUGUCUGGGUCACUGUUUGCUCUUUCUGCAUAUAUGCUAGUGAUGAAAUGAUGUACAUUUCGUUUGAGCCCACAGGGAAUGCUCUCGAAGGUUAUCUUUUUCCUUUGGUGCAUAGUAACAAAUA